UACGGCCAUGUAGUUCAUGGAUAUUUUUGUCAACCUUGCACACAAAGAUAUAGUCAAUAUACUGUAUUCACAAAAAAGCACAUUGCAGCUGGUAACAGUCGUCUCGCGCAAAUAUUAGCUAUUGCUAACUUCCGGUGUAUGCGCGCGCCUCUUGGCAACGGAAGCCGAGCUUCACAGCAGCUAGUACCUUCCUUCCUCAACCGAAGAUAACAACUUGUAAACUAAAAUGUCUGCCUGCUGUGUGAUCGGGUGCAAAAAUCGACAUUCAUCCGGCAACAAACUAAAAUUUUACAGAAUACCAACAGCAUACAGACCGUUUCAGGCUAACCGGCGGCGUUUAUGGCUAAAAGUGAUCAAGCAAGUGAAUGGCAGCACAGAGGAGCUCAAAGAAAAUGCUCGGAUUUGUGGCGCCCAUUUCAUAUCAGGAGAAGCAUCCAUGGACCACGACAGUCCGGACUUUGUGCCUUCUGUGUUUACAUGCGUGAAGCAGAGCCCGCGCCGCAGGAACCAAAGCAGAAGGAUAUUUGGACGUAGAAAAAGGCGCUGGCGUCGCCAUGCAGCCAAUAUAGAGUCAGAGGAAAUGCCAACCAAAGCGGAUGAGCCUGAGAUUCAAGAGUCCUCUUCUGACCCUGUUCCAAUGGAAGUGAAAGGAAGUGAACCUUCACAAGAGAUGCAGACACCAUCAAGCACCACAUGUUCAAAGGCUGAAGAAACAGUGACUGAAGAGAUUAAUAACACCGACACUGAAAGGAAAGACACCACCUCAACACCUUUCAGGAAACCCCCACCAGGCCCUUUUAAAUUUGGAAAAAUCAGUCCUCUGGUGCUCCUGAAGCGCAUACUUGCUCCAUCGGGUAGUUAUCUGUGUGAGCUAUGCGACAAAAACUUCCCCAAUGUCCCUCAGCUUGUCCACCACAAACGUCAGCAUGAAGAAGAAAAAGAUGAAAAAUCCCCUCCCAGUGGUGUUCAGGAGAAUUGCCCCACUACUGUUUUGCCACAGCAAGCUGAGCCGUCCUUUCCGUGCAACAUGUGUGAUCGAACUUUUACGGACAACCAUCGCCUGAAGCGGCAUAAACUUCUUCAUGUCAGAGAUGGGAGGAAGUGCUCAACAUGCGGUGUACUUUUCUGUCAACUUCACAGGCACACAUUGUUUGUGGCUCACCGACAAGAGUGCACAAGUGAGUCUGAGGAACAUUCUUCUGCCAGUGAGUCGCAGGAUGUGCCUGAACCAAUUGAGGUUGUGGAUGAGGUUGAAGACUUUAAGAGUUCCUGGGAUUUUAUUCCCCUGUUAAAAAACAAUCUGUCCAUCAGUGAAGCCCAAGCACCAACCUCAGACACAGAAAUAUUAACUGAAAUCCCGCUACAGGACCUCUGCUUUCCAGGUCCAGUUUUGCCAGAAGACAAUGACUCCAAACCACAAGGACCUGACGACGCCUUCACAAAACAGUGCUUACCUCCACAUGAGGACCUCCCUCCUGCACUGCAGUUGUUUUCACAUCAGCUCCUCACCUCAGCAUUUUUCCAAGUUAAAAGAAACUAUGAGUAUAUUUUUAGCAAGGAAAUGGAUGUCACUUCUGCGGUUCAUGUAGAAGAGAAUCCCUGUGAGACAGAGCCGGACCUUUCAGAUGCACAAAAUAGUGAGGAGGAUGAAAAGAAGACAACUGCUUUCGACCUGCAGAUUGUGAUCUAACAAAAACACUGAGUGACAGAAUUGAGAUCUCCUUGCCGAAAUGUCAUUGACAAAUGUCACAACUAUUACAUCCUGCUGCAUCUUUAAAAAUGAAUGUGACGAGCCUCUCAUGCUGCUAUUUUUUAUACCCAAAGUCCCUACCACUGAAUCCUGCCACCUUCAUCUAAGAUGAGUUGACAUGUUAACCUGUUACUUUGUAAAUAAUUCUGUCUGUAACGGUGGAAAGCUCUUUAUAACAUUUGGAAAAGGGUUUUGAUGUCUUCCUUAGAUGCAUGAAAUGUAUUGGUGCAGAAUAACAAGUAUUGUUCUCUUCAACACAUAAUGUGGCAGAAAGAGAACCCCUUAGCAACAUUGUGGUUUUUUUAUGUGACUUUUCUUUUGAUGCGUUCUAAUAAAAAUCAUCUGUUGUGCUUCUCACAAAGUCAUAAUCAAA